ACUGGAUCCGACGAAUCGUGAAAUAUCCAAACAGGAAGAGAAUUGGCUCAGCGUGAAAGUCACAUCUGAAAAGUAAACGCUGUAAAUGUUAUAAAUGCCGUCACACAGAUUGUUAAUUUAAACCAAAUUCUCUCACAGUCUUGUUGUUUUAGUGUUUUUUUGUAUCCGUAGCCGCAGCAGCAGCUCCUGCCGCAGCAGCUUUUUGUUUUUACACGAUGUUUCAGUCUGCAGCUAAAACGCUGUCUGUUUCUCGGUGGAUUUUAUUAAAUGUUCGACAUUAUUGUAAGAAGAAGACGCCAUCGACUCUCAGAGUGUCCGAAGCUCUGUCAGCUACUGAGUUUGGGCAACAUGUGAAAGUUCAGGGUUGGGUUCGCUCUGUCAGACCCCAGAAGGCAAAUCUCUUCCUCCAUGUGAAUGACGGCAGUUCUUUGCAGUCGUUGCAGGUUUUUGCUGAUGCACAGCUGAAUGAUUCGUUGCUCACUUUUGGCAGUGCUGUUGAAGUCACAGGGGUUCUUAAGAAAAGCCCACACCACAAACAGUCAGUGGAACUGGAAGCAGACAAAAUCCAUGUGGUUGGAAAAUGUAAUCCUCUGGAUUUUCCUUUUAAAAUCAAAGAGAGACACGGCCUUGAGUACAUCCGCCAGUUUCCUCAUCUCAGGUGUAGAACGAACGCCUUCAGUUCGCUGUUAAGGAUACGAAGUGAGGCCACCGCAGCUAUUCACUCAUAUUUUAAAGAAAAUGGCUUUGUGCACAUUCACACUCCAAUAAUCACUUCAAAUGACUGUGAAGGCGCAGGGGAGCUCUUUCAGGUCGAGCCAUCAUGGCCAAAGACUGAGGAAGAGGAGAACUUUUUCUCUGUCCCCGCCUUCCUGACCGUGUCCGGUCAGCUUCAUUUGGAGGUGUUGUCAGGAGCUUUUUCCCGUGUCUACACAUUUGGGCCAACAUUUCGUGCAGAGAACUCCCAAAGCCGCCGCCAUCUGGCUGAGUUUUACAUGGUGGAGGCCGAACUCUCCUUCACACAGUCCUUGGAGGAUCUCACUCAGGUCAUGGAGGACAUGUUCAGAUCUGCUACAGAGCAUGUCUUGGCUCACUGUGCAGAGGAUAUGGACUUGUUCCAUAAGCAUGUGACUCCCGGACACAGGGGCACUUUAGAUUCUAUGAUGAAGAAGAAAUUCCCCAUGAUUACCUACAGUGAAGGGAUCGACAUCCUGAACCACAGCACUCAGAAAUUUGUUUUCCCCACAAACUGGGGUUGUGACCUUCAGACGGAACACGAGAAAUACCUGGUGAAACAUUGUGGCAACAUUCCGGUCUUUGUCACUGAUUAUCCUUAUGAUCUCAAGCCGUUUUAUGCAAGAGACAACCAGGACCAUCCCAGGCAUACAGCAGCAGCUGUGGAUCUUCUUGUGCCUGGAGUUGGAGAGCUCUGCGGGGGCUCGCUGAGAGAAGAGAGGCUGGAUCUGCUGAGCGCUCGGUUGGAAAAGGUUGGAUUGGAAGACACCUACAGUUGGUAUCUGGAUUUGCGGCGGUUUGGCUCGGUCCCCCACGGUGGCUUUGGCCUGGGAUUUGAGCGAUUUUUACAAUGCAUCCUUGGCGUGGACAACAUAAAAGAUGUGAUUCCUUUUGCUAGGUUUUCCCAUUCUUGUGUUCUUUAAAAAAAAAGAAAAAGUGUGAGCCAAGUAAAACAAUUUAAAGCUGUGUCUGUUUUUGCAUUGUUGAAAAAAUAAAUUGGUGUAUUUCUGUGUAAAAA